GUGCCGAGUUAGCUUGCCGAAACCGAGUUUUGUUUGCACUUUGACUAUGGUUUGACCGAUCAGGGACCGAUAAGCACCGCAUUCGUUCACUCUGUCGGCCGGCGGAGUGGGACGAACAUGUAAACGGUCUGUGAAAUUCUGGUAUUUUUUUCCGUGCUACAACUUACAAGUCUGAUGAUGAGAAGGAUUCGGCUUGACGGUUUUUACUGCUUGAAAACUGAGGCAAGACUUCGCCCUUGCAAUUCUUUGCGGGGAAUGCCACUCUCCAUGAUGAUUGCUGGCAGAAUGCAUUCACCUUCCCAAUCCAAUUGUCUGUUUCAAGAAAGCCUUCACCUCACCACCGGCAUUACGAACUCCAAAGGAGUCACGAAGGCUCCAAUGACUUGUCUACUCUGAUAGUGACUGCCCUUGACAGUUUUUCACCCAUUUGGGCUGAGCGGACACGGGGCAAGCUCGAGAAAAAUCCACCUUACAUGGCUCAGCUACAGCAAACGCCUGUGGAAUUGGAAGAGCCCUCCUACACAAUGGAUGCAUCAUCACCCUCGCCUGGUAAGGUGGCUGUGGGUGGCAUGACCCACAGUGAUGGGACGGCAGUGACCCAAGUAGAUGUCCCAACAGCCCAGGAUGCCACCAAGCAAAAUGGACAGAACGGGCUGUCAUCCACAUGGAUAAUGGCCUCUGAUUUUAUUGCUGGAUGUGUGGGAGGGGCUGCCGGUGUGCUGGUUGGUCAACCGUUUGAUACUGUUAAGGUGAGAUUGCAAGCUCAGACAUUGUCAAAUAAGCGUUACCGUGGCGUCGUCCACUGCUUCUACACAAUAGCAAGACAGGAAAGUGUCUUUGGUUUGUACAAAGGAAUGGCGUCACCACUGGCUGGCCUGGCAUUCAUCAACACCAUCGUGUUUGGCGUACAGGGCAACAUGAUGCGGCAGAUCGAGAACCAGACGCCCUUCAGCCACUUCUGUUGUGGUGUCGUGGCUGGGGCGGUGCAGUCGGUCGUAGCAGGACCCAUGGAGCUCGCCAAGAUCCGUAUGCAGAUGGAAGGGGUCGGGGAGGACCGCCAGCACCAGACCAAGACGCACUACAGAGGCUCGCUCGACGCGCUGCGGAAAAUCUACCAUGAUGAAGGAAUGCGGGGAUGCUACCGGGGAUUUACAUUGACUCUGCUACGGGACGCUCCGGGGUUCGGCAUCUAUUUCAUGUCGUACGAUGUACUGUGCAGGAGUUUUGGCAAUCUGAGCCAGGACAAAGAGAUCGGGGUAGGAGGACUUUUGAUGGCUGGAGGACUGAGCGGGAUGAUGUCCUGGUGCGUGUCCUUUGUGACUGACGUGAUGAAGACACGAAUCCAAGCGGACGGCGUGGAGGGCCCCAAAUCGUGCCAGUACAGUGGCACUCUGGACAUGAUCAAGAAGAGUUACCGCAGCGAGGGUGUCAUGGUGUUCACCAGGGGACUGGGGGCGUCAUUGCUGCGUGCCUUCCCCGUUAAUGCAGCGACGUUUACCGUCGUGACCCUGAUGCUUUCCUUCAUGCUAAAAGAUGAUCAAGCUGUUUGAGGUGGCAUCCACUAAGCACCAGUCAGUUACAAUUGAACCGUUGUGUUUCCAAGAGAGACUGGGGAGAAUGGUCUCUGUGAGUGGCAAGGUGUAUAGAGUUUGCCAUUCGGUCAUGCUGAAUUGGAAACUUUUGUAAAGACUUGAAAUAUUAUCAAAUGUAAUUCUUGAGUGUAGCCUACCCAAAAAAAAAACAGCUUUAAUUUGUGUAGCUCUCUGCCUGUUUGCAGCUCAUGUUUCCAGCAAGCCAGUAUCUGUGGCUUAUGGUGUCCCUUGCUGUGUCACAGACUCACAGUAAGGUGUGCAAAGUGUGUGCAGUCUCACCUGUGCAUUGAGUGGACAAAUGUCAAUGACAUUCAAGGCACGUGUGGAUCGUGUUCCAGGAAAGUCUGUUCAGCAACUCCCCUUGUAAUGUCAAACGAGUUACAAGGCUGCUCUUGACAAGUUUAAAAUCCAAAUUUAUUUUCGAAACAUUGAUGUAAAGUAUAGCGCAAAUUCUUUGUUUUACUUUUUAUAUGUACAUGUGCGACAGCGCGUAUAAAUUCUGUUCUCUGCCUUUUUUUUUACUUCCAAGCCUUCAUUUUUGAUGGAGUGUGCGUAAAAUAUUAACAUUUGCUUGGGGAAUAAUGUUCUGAAAUACGCCGGCUUUUAUGUUUGUUUAGUUUUGUUUUUAAUUUAGUAUUGUUUUGUUUGUUAUUGUUCCGCUUUUAUUCAUCUUAAUAGGAUGUAAUGUGUGCGUAACGCACAAUCAACAGACAAUGCUGUGCUAGCAAUCGGUAGACUAAUCUGAGGAGACACCCUUUGCUGCGGUGGUGUCACACUCACAUGGGCAUUCCUAGACUUGAGGCCUGCGUGCAUUUCAACAACUUACUGUUAUGACUCCCUGUUGAAAGAAUGGGCACGUGACGUGUGCAGCGCCUACAUCUACCUGUCAGUGUGAGGCCGCCGCUGUAAUGGCUUUGAAUUCUGGAUGCCUGAGUAUACUGCAUGUAUGCAGUAGAAAGGUGCUGUUGAAUUUGUAGCCUCUCAGCUGUGACAGAGACACAGAGAUGUGGACAACGUUUGAAUGUUUGCUGCUGUGUGCAGCUGCUGAUUCAAUUUUGUGCACAUUCAGGUGAAAACUAGGUGUGCCCACCUUGACCCAUCCACACUUGAACCUGUGCGCAUGAGGUGGACAUGUACCUGUAUCUCCCAUGCCUGCCGAUACCAUUGCCCACAUCCACCGUCUGGAACAGCAUUCAUUACAUAUAUGUACAUGUACACUGAACAUAUUUUUUUCUUUCAAAAAAAUUAGCUAUAGAUGUGGAAAUUAACACCCAGUUCAUUAUUAGGGUACAUGUCAUUGAUCUCUAGGGUUCUUCAUUUGUAGUUACCGGUGCUUACAAACCAUUAACAAGUACCUGGGGAGUUGGGGUUAACCUGCUGGG